AUGGACUUGUUGAUUGGAGGCCCCGAUCGCCCGCCUUCCAAGCGCAUGCAGGAACAGAUGCGAUUGGACGAACAGGAGCGCCGCAAAGCAUUCAGAGAAGGCAGGACAAGCACAAACCAGUCUUCGGACUCAGGCAACCAGGAGGGGUACUGGUCUUACAUGCAGCGUCAGGUCACCGAACGUACCGAACGACUUAACCUCGCUGGUGAUCAGAUGGAACGACUGGAGGAAAGCAGCAGCAACUGGGCGCGAGACGUUAGCAAGUUCGUUCAGACCCAGAAACGCAAGGCUGUUAUGGGCGCCCUUAGUUCCAAAUUCGGUCUCUAG